CACGCAGUACACUAACACAUAGGUGUGAACGAAUGCCUGGACUUUUCUGCAUGUUUGCACAGAAUUUCAUUAGUAAAAAUUUCAGUAAUAAAACAACUACAUGACACAAGGCUGUUAAUUUGAACUAAAAAUCAUAUUGUUUGCUAAUGUUCUCCAGAGAACGGUACGUUUAUCUGCAUUUGAUUAUUUAAAACAGAAGCCUACAACAUCUCGUUUGACUUAAUGGAGCUGAAAGUCGCUAUUCUCCUCACGCUCAUACAUGCUGUAUGUGGUCAGUUAGAAGAUGUGACUAUUGAUCGAUACUCGAUACCAACGCACUGCUCGAGAGAGGUCCAGAUCGGAGAUUAUGUUCGGUAUCAUUAUAACGGCACAUUCACGGACGGACGGAAGUUUGACUCGAGUCUGGAUAAGGGUUUUCCAAUCGUUGGCCAAGUCGGUGUUGAAUCUAAAGUUAUCCCGGGUUUGGAUAAAGGAGUUCAGGGAAUGUGUGUGAACGAGCGAAGGAAGGUCACCAUACCACCUCACUUCGCCUAUGGAGUCUUGGGAGCUGGAUCAGUUAUCCCACCUGACACAACACUGGUGUUUGAUGUCUUAUUGCUGGAUUUGUGGAAUAAAGAAGACAAAGUUCAAACACGAACCCUCCACAGACCACAGAAGUGCAAGCGGACAGUGACUCCCACUGACUUUGUUCGAUACCAUUACAAUGGAACACUGCUAGUGGGAACCUUAUUUGACUCCAGCCAUUUUAAGAACUCAACAUAUGACACAUAUUUGGGUCAUGGCAGUCUCAUCAAAGGCAUCGAGGAGGGCAUUCUGGGAAUGUGUGUUGGAGAGAGGCGAUCAAUUAUUAUACCACCAUUCCUGGCCUAUGACAACAAAGGAUAUGGUACAACGAUCCCUCCAUAUGCAACAUUAAUAUAUGAUGUAUUACUGGUGGAUGUGUUUAAUGUGAAUGAUAAUGUGAUGGUGGAGGUUCAAGAGAUUCCUCAGUCAUGCAGGAGAAGAGCAGAGGUGGGAGAUUUCAUCCGUUACCAUUAUAAUGGAACAUUUCAGGAUGGGACUGUCUUUGAUUCCAGUUAUUCUCGGAACAGUACUUACAACACUUUAAUUGGCAUGGGUUAUGUGAUUGCUGGCAUGGAUAAAGCCCUGCAGGGUGUGUGUGUGGGCGAGAGGAGAAGGGUCACGGUGCCACCUCAUCUGGCAUAUGGAGAGAAUGGAUCAGGUGAGCUGAUUCCAGGAUCUGCUGUGCUGAUAUUUGACCUGCACAUCAUUGACUUUCACAACCCUAAAGACAGAGUGGACAUCAAAGUGACGUACAGACCAGCAGACUGCAUCCUGACGAGUGCUGCAAAUGACCUCAUUCUGUACCGCUACAACUGUUCGCUGUUGGAUGGCACGCCACUCUACUCAUCAGAUGAUUACCCAGCACCCCCGCGUGUGACGUUAGGUCAGGGGAAGUUGAUUGCCGGUUUGGAUGAGGGGCUGCAAGGCAUGUGUGUGUCUGAGAGGAGAGAGAUUACUGUACCACCACACCUUGCUCACGGCACCAAUGGAGCAUCGGGUGUUCCCAGCAGCGCAGUGCUGCGGUUUGAGCUAGAGUUGCUGCAGAUGCAGAAGGGGGUUCCUGAGGGCUUUCUGUUCAUCUGGCUGCAGGACAGUCCUGAACCGCUUUUUACUGCCAUGGACAUGAACCAGGACAGGGAGGUGCUGCUGGAGGAGUUUUCAGCAUUCAUUAAGCUGCAGGUCUCUGAAGGCAGAGGACGCAUCCAUCCUGGAUUAGACCGUGAUGUUGUCAUUAAGGACAUGUUCACGAAUCAAGAUCGCAACACAGAUGGUAGAAUCACUGAAGAUGAGCUGAAUGUCACAGUAGAUGAGGAAAAGAUACAGAAACACGAGGAGCUGUGAGUUCAGAGGAUCCCACAGGAUGGGCUGUUCUCAAAGUAUAUGAUGUUUUAAAGGAGAAAUUUUGGUUUGUGAUUCUCUUCUCAUCAUCACUCGUGGUGGAGCUGCAAACGAUUGCACUAUAAAAUCAUACAUGACUUAUAUUUCCUGUUACAAUAUCACUGAUGGCCUGCCAGUGUUGACAUUACUUUCACAUAGCGCAUUUAUGACCUUCACAUCAUUAACUCACCCUCAUGUACAGUCUCAGUCACCAUUCACUUUGAUUGUAUGAGGGAAGAAAAGAUGCAGUGAAAGUGAAUGGUGACUAAGGCUACGGGUUUGGAAUAAUAAAGUAAAUAUUGACAGGAUUUUCAUGGGAGGCAUGCAUGCACUAUAAUUGUAGUAAAAUAAUAGAUUUGUGUCUUUUAAAAUGAAAUGCAUAUUGUGAUACUGUUUGUUGAAAAAAAAAAAUGUUUACGUCUUACAAUUGAUAUAUAAAGAAAAUGAUUUUUAACUGUUAAAGUGAAAUAAAAAUGUU